GAAGUAAUGUGUAACUAUUUUAGGUGUAACAUAAAAACAAAGGGCAAUUGUACGCAGUAUGUGUACGAAGUGUUGACAGUAUUCUUUCCAAAGCAUUCCGAAAAUUGUGCACCUUACAGUAAAUAAUUGUUAGUAAAACUAAAAUGCAUUUAACUAUUAGGUUGCAUAAACAUGUAUAGAGAAAUAAACGCAUUCAUUUUAGGAAUAAGUGACACGGGAUAUUUAUGACUAUCAUGCAUUCAUUUUAUCGGUAUGAGUUUGUGAUUUUGGUAUUGGCUUUGAAAUGUUCGGUAUGCCAUGGGUUUAUGUGGUCCUCUGGAAACAAAACUGUCCAAACAACAACACCCAACGGAGAUGAUGACUACGACUUCUACGGCCACGAUGAUGAGGACUCUAAAGACACACCCCACGAAACUGACAGUGUCAAAGCAGAAGCCGGGACCAUAGCGGGUACAGUGUUUGGCGUUUUGGUGGCCGCGGUCUUUCUCGCGUUCGUGGUGGGGAUGUAUUUCAAGCAAAGACGGCAACGAAAGGAAAGGGACACCGAAUCCAAGGUCCUGCACACGUCCAGGAUGCAUGCCGGGGUAUAUAUGCCUACCACAUCGGAAACCGAGCUUCAACAAAUGCCCGGAUACACUGCCGCACGGGGAUCAGACGCGAGUCACUCGAGCAGGGGACAGGAAUAUAAAUCUCUGCCCAAACAUCCAGAUUUAUUUGAAAGUGAUUCGGAUGAAGAGCUGUGGAGCAAGAACGCUCGAUAAUUAAUAAUGCUCUUUUGAGACAAUAAAGAUCUUGUACAAGACAUAGGAUUUCGGAAAAUCCUGCAAUAGUAAUUACAUUUUAUCAAAACGUGCAUCCAAUCACCGCUUGAUUGUUCUGUGUGUUUAUUGAACGAUCCAAUACUUACACGCAAAUGCCGCCAGGCCUUUUUUUAUUUGUGCAAUCAAAUCCACACUUAGUUGUGUUUUCUUCAAUGCAAUUCUGAAAUUCAUAUGUUUAUUAUAAAUGAACAAAUAUUAGAGAACGUGUAUGUUUGAUUUAUAUUAAUGUUUGUAAAAGUGUUUGUAUUCGUUUUGGUGUAAUUUAGAAAAUGCAAAUAUGAACAGGUGUAUUUUUUUCAUGUUUAAUGAUCUAUAUCUCAAUAGCUUGCUAAUUGAUGUACACGCAUGCUGGUUCUGCGAGCCGCCUUACUUUCCGUUUAACGAAUAUGAUCUCGCUUAUGUUACGAGCACAUUCGACUAAAAAUGUUAAAAUUGCUGAAAUUUAGAA